AUGGCGCCCAAUUCCGCAGCAUACGCACCGAUCGCCGGAAAAGAGACGGGCCCAGAACUCACCUUCAAUGAAAUGUUUCUGAUCCUGGUUGUGUUUGGGCACAUCUGCGUCUUUUACAUUGUGAUAUGGUGGCUUGAGACAAGUAGUGUCGCUGAAGAAAGCAGUGAUCCUCACCAGCGCGAAGACAAUCUCGAAAGCCAGUAUAUCAAGUUGGAGACUAUACCGGCAUCGUCGGGAACGGGUGCCAUCUCCACCGGCAUGCGAGUUUGA